AUGUUCACCAGACUUUCGCUCCUUCCUCUUUUUGCCUCGACGCUGGCCGCCGGGUUGUCCUACGACAACAUUGACAAGGCUGCCAGUCCCCGGGCCAAGGAGCUUCUCAAGUAUGUUCAGUCUCAGUAUGGCUCGCACUACAUUUCUGGUCAGCAGGACCUGGCCAGCGUGGAAUGGGUGAAGGAGAAUAUUGGCGUCACUCCGGCCAUCCUCGGCACCGACCUCAUGUAUUACUCGCCCUCUGCCGUUGCCCACGGAAGCAAGAGUCAGACUAUCGAGCAAGCCAUCAAGUUUGACAAGGAAGGCGGUAUCAAUGCUCUUGUCUGGCACUGGUAUGCCCCCAACUGUUUGCUCGAGACCGAGAAACAGCCGUGGUACAACGGAUUCUACACCGAGGGAACCUGUUUCGAUGUAGCCAAUGCCCUUGGCCGCCGCGGAAAUUUGAACCACCGCCGUGGAAAUGGAACAGACUACCACCGUGGAAAUGGAACGGACCACAGCCGCGGAAAUGCAACGGACUACCGACUAUUGAUUCGGGAUAUCGAUGCUAUUGCGGUCCAGCUCAAGCGUUUGUCGGAUGCAGACGUUCCGGUUCUCUUCCGCCCGCUUCACGAGCCGGAAGGUGGAUGGUUCUGGUGGGGAGCUAAGGGCCCUGCUCCUUUCAAGAAGCUCUGGGACAUCGUCUACGACCGCAUUACUCGCGUGCACAACAUUCACAACAUCGUGUGGGUCUGCAACACUGCCGAUUCUCAGUGGUAUCCCGGAAAUGACAAGUGCGACAUUGCCACUAUUGACUACUAUGCCGAGGCUGGUGACCACGGUGCUCUCGAAGGUAAAUUCGAGGAGCUGCGAAAUGUGACUAAGGGUGAGAGAGUCCUUGCGCUGGGCGAAGUUGGAUCCAUCCCCGACCCUGAGGUUCAGGCUAAGGAGAACCUUCCCUGGGCCUUCUGGAUGACCUGGAACGACGAGUUCAUCAAGGAUGGGAAGCACAACUCUAAGAAAUUCCUGAAGGACACCUUCAGCAACAAGCGCGUUGUUACCAUCGAUGAUAGCAAGGCUAAGAACUGA